CCUCCAAAAUACACACCUUUUAGGACUGUUGUGAAGAGAAGCACUAAGUAACUGUGUCUCACGUUCAUGUGUAUCUGGAUAAAUGGCUCAGGAUGGUGUCUGUGGGCCCUCUGCUGACACACUAGGGGCCAAAAUUUGAGAAAAAUACAGUACAUAUAUUGUAUAUUAAGUAACACUGCCAGCGCAAUCUGAUACAACACUCAGUAAUCAAAACAUUAGUUUAAAAAAAACCUUUUUUUUGGCCACACUGCACGGCUUGCGAGAUCUUAGUUCCCCACCCAGGGAUCGAACGUGGGGCCCCUAGCAGUGAAAGCAGGGAGUCCUAACCUCUGGACCGCCAGGAAUUCCCAGUUAAAAAGGAUUUUUUUAAAUUGAAGAAUAAUAUACAGAAAUAUACAUCAGAAGUACAACUUGAUAGAUUUUUACAAACUGAACAAAUACAUUAAUAUUUCUCCCAUAGAACAUAUGAACGUUUACAUUAAGUGAGAUAAAUGGAGGUUAUAAAUAUGCUUAUCUCAUGUCAGUAGACCAGGCGGUGAAAACCUGGGAGUUUUGGAUUUUGGAGCUGAGGAUAAGGAGCCGUGGAUCUGUAUUGGUAGGAGAGAGUCAUGUGAGCAAGGCUUUAUAGGAGAGCCUAAAAUAGCCUCAAGGCCAGGAAGAAGGGGAGCUGGAGUCCCUGGAUGUCCCUCAAGGCUGGUGAUUGCUCAUGUACCGCCCCCCUCCUGCUAUUCUGCUCUUUCCCCAGGAGUGCCUGUCCAGAUGCCAACCCAGCUGCCACUGGGGAUCCCUCUGGGAGAUUGAAGGCCCAGGUUGAGGCUGACCAGCCCUGAGCCUUAGGCCAGGGGAAUGGCAGCCCCCCCAGAGCCUCAGGACCAGGCCCCUGGGGAGGGAGAAGGGCUUCUGAUCGUGAAGGUAGAAGAUUCCUCCUGGGAGCAGGAUGCUGCCCAGCAAGAGGACAGCAGGGAUUCAGAGGCUUGCCGCCAGCGCUUUCGGCAGUUCUGCUACGGGGAUGCGGGCGGGCCCCACGAGGCCUUCAGCCAGCUCUGGGAGCUCUGCUGCCGCUGGCUGCGGCCCGAGCUGCACACCAAGGAGCAGAUCCUGGAGCUGCUGGUGCUGGAGCAGUUCCUGAGUGUGCUGCCCAUGGGCGUCCAGGGCUGGGUAUGCGAACGAUGCCCGGGGAGUGGCGAGGAAGCUGUUGCCUUGGUGGAGGACCUGCAAAAGCAGCCAGUGAAAGCUUGGCCACAGGAUGUGCCCUCAGAGGGGGCGGAACCUGAGGCUGCAGUCCAGGGAUCUCAGACCCAGGGGCCUCCCCGGAAGGCAGGGACACGAAGCCAGCCACCUUUACCCUGGGAGCAGCACAGCCAUGGUGCCCAGCUUCCAGCUCUUCUUAAAGAGGGGAGCACCAGAGAGACGACAGAUACCUGCUUUGCCUCUGGGGUGAAAUGGGGGUCCCUGGACCCUGCUCAGAGGGAUCUCUUCUGGGACAUAAAAAGGGAGAACUCCCAGAACGUUGCCCUGGGUUUGGGACUCACGAGCCACAGCGAGAGAUCCCAGCUGGAGGAGGUGGUGACGGCACUCCCGGGCCAGGCUGCUGGCGACGUGACCGUGUCCUGGAGGCUGGAGGAGGCCGAGUCCCAGCCGGGGGCGACCCGGGGGCGGGUGGCGGGGUCGCGGCGGGGGCGGCCGCCCAUGCGCCGGCGGCAGUUCCGGGACCUGGUGGCCGAGAAGCCGCACAGCUGUGGCCAGUGCGGCAAGCGCUUCCGCUGGGGCUCCGACCUGGCGCGUCACCAGCGCACGCACACGGGCGAGAAGCCACACAAGUGCCAGGAGUGCGACAAGAGCUUCCGCAGCUCCUCAGACCUGGUGCGCCACCAGGGUGUGCACACGGGCCAGAAGCCCUUUUCCUGCUCCGAGUGCGGCAAGAGCUUCAGCCGCAGUGCCUACCUGGCCGACCACCAGCGCAUCCACACGGGCGAGAAGCCUUUCGGCUGCAGUGACUGCGGCAAGAGCUUCUCACUGCGCUCCUACCUGCUGGACCACCGGCGUGUGCACACGGGUGAGCGGCCCUUCGGCUGCGGCGAGUGCGACAAGAGCUUCAAGCAGCGCGCCCACCUCAUCGCCCACCAGAGCCUGCACGCCAAGAUGGCCCAGCCUGUGGGGUGAGGGCCGGAACGGCAGCCCAGGCGGGGUCCCCACCCAGCCCAAUCCACCAUCUCUGCUGCCGGCAGGACUGCAGGGUCCCCCACGCGCAGAACCCAUCAGCCCUGCCCUCCUGGGGACCUGGCCAACGCCCCCAGGCAUGGAAUCCCAUGUGACCUCGUGGCCAUGCCCCUAACUGCUCUGGGUUUUUUCUUGCCCCCUGGUUUCCUGGAGCCCCGGCACAUUCCAGGCUGGUGGCGUGAGCACAGGGGAGCAGCUGGGGCACAGGGAUGUAUGAGGACUCGGGCAGGCCUGGGGUCUCCAUCCCAGAACCCCCUCAGCCUUGCUUGGCCCCGUCGUUCUCUGUUCCCGGCCUUCUCGGCUGGGUCCAUGGGCUGGGCCUUCUGUCCUGCCAUCCUGUGCCUUCCCACGGGGGUGAAGGCUAAGCCUUAGGGUGCUGCUGGGCUCUGGGAGGGUCAGUCAGCCCACACCCAUGAGGACCUGGGUCCUGGGUGCGGCCACAGGGGCUUUCUGGCCUCCACCCCUUCCCAUUUCCAGACAUUGACCGCUCUGCCCUGUCCCAGCAGCAUGCAAGCUGCCUGCCUCUGCCCUCAGCCAGCUCGCCCCAGCUGAGUUCCCAAGAGUCACCCUCCACCAGUCUGGGGAGGGUGGUGUUGGCUCUGGGGACAGAGGCCAACUGUGCACACCAAGAACAGGGCCAGUGGAGGCCCGCUGCCCCCGCUGCUCCCCAGUCUCCUGGAGUCUCGGGGUUUAUGGUACUUAACACUAGCACUCCAUCAGCACCUUGUCCCUAAUUCCUGAGGCGCUGUAUUCCCUGCAGAAGGGCAUUCACAGGGACAUACCACAGGCCCUCCCAAGGAGCUGGCCCAGCUGGCCUCAAAGGGCAGCAGAAAGGUUGAAUAAACAUUAA